ACGACACACUAAAAUGAAAAAGAUUUUGACUACUUCACUAAACAUCAGUCAAGUCAGCGUAAAGAACGUCUGAGUUCUGCCCCGCGUUUUCGGGAGAUCAAUGUGAGCCGUCAGAUCUGAAAAAACUAACCGUGGCUUACUCAAACUUAUCGUUGUAAGUGAAAAUACUAAGCUGCGCAUGAAAGUACCAAACUUCGCUUAUUCCUUGAAUAAUCCCUAUACAAAACAGGGAAAUGUGAGUUUUCUGAAAUUUUGAUCGUAAAAUAAAGAUCACAGGUGAAUUCCUCUGGAUAUGAGCUUCGUUUCAAUGUCAAAUUUGAAGCGAAUCGGUUGGCAUACGGCUUACAAUUUGGUUUCAGAGGAAAAGCAGACAGUCUGAGAUGAGAAAUAUGCCCAAGUCUUAAAGAUUAUUGAAUAUAAGCUUUUAUGUUUGAUAGACUCUGUCUGAAAGUUUGCUUGGAUUGAAGUUUGGAUCCUCCAUUAAUUCUGAGGGGAUGAUUAUGGAAAGAAGAUCGAAUGGUGCAAAGAGGGUAAUGACUACGUUCAAGGUUUACUUCAAGAAGCAUAUUAUUCUAAAUGUCAACAUCGAAAACCCAUUGGAAAGAUUCCAUUGGGCCCUGUAAAUGUUUUUUGUCCGCUUCGUUGCCUUGAUUGCUCUGUCAACUUCGUAUUAUCCAACAAUUUUCACUAAAAAUUCUGAAAAUUAUUAGCUGAAUAAUCGAGGACAGGAAUUUAAGCCAACCGAUAAGGAAAUACUUGGUUUUUCAAAUUUGUCCAUAUUAUUUUUAAAAUGGAAGAAUACGAGUAUAACAGAGCAAUGAACUACAGCUUUCUGAAAAGCAUUGGGACAUUGAAUAUGACAAGCUUUAGUGCAAAUGUAUCGCCCAAGCUUUCAGCAAGAAAUUCAUAUACAGGGUCCUCUGAUUCGGCUGAUGAUUUCAGUGAUGUAUUUGGGGGGCCUCCCAAGUAUAUUGCAUUGAAGCAAUUCAAAGACCCCCGAAAAGCCCAUUCACUGUUGCAGCCUUCAGGUGGGUUUUCAGGCCUAGUCCAGUCUGAUGUUCCUGUGUUCGGAGAAACCAGGAGAAGAUAUGUUACUGAUGAAUUCUACAAUGAUAUAUUUAGUGGAGAUACUGUUUCUAAUGGCGGAGAAAUGUCUGAUAAGUGUUCGGUAGCUUCGAGAUCAACAUCGAGGAAUCCCAGCCCUGCUCAGUCUCCUCUUCCCAGGAUUGAGUAUAAGGCCUUGGGCAAUAAAUCGCCGUUGGCCCCAAAGCUCAGGCAGCCUGUAAACAACUCCUCAAAGCAAGCAGAGUAUCCAUCUUUUGGCAUAUCUUCGCAUCGUGGUCCUUACAAGUUUUACAAUGAUAGUUCCAUUGUGUCUAGUGCUCAGUCUUCUCCACCUGAUCCUUCCUCAGAUCUUCUGGAAAUUCCUUUUGCACAUUGCACAAAACCCUCCGUAUUACUAUCUGAGAGCAAACAGGGGCUGAAAAAGAAGAAAGAACUUGGUGUGUUUCCUCCCAGAAGUUCUAACUCACGAUUUCGAACUUUUCUGGAGCCAGGCGAAUCUAUACCAGGAAGCCCAGCUAGGUUAAGCAAUGAGAAGCUCUAUUCUACUGCUCAAACUACAUCAUGCAGCAAUACAUCUGAUGAUGAAUUGGUGGGGAAUAUUCAAGGAUUGGAUAAGCAUAUAAGUGGGGGAGUUUCUAAGGUGGGUGUAGAAAGGCAUGGCUUAGAUAGUGCUAAAGGAUCUAAUACAGGAGAGAAGGAUGACAAUGGUUUUGAAAAGUCACGAUUAUCAGCUAGUAGUGGGCCUUUUCAACGAUUGGCAAUUUCCCCUCUCGAGGAUCUUCAGUUACAACACAAGUUAAGGAGCUGUCGGGAUUGGUUUCAGGAGUCCAAAGGGUUGCAUUCAAAUAAAGACAGUGCAUCCCUUUCAGUGGACUCUUUGGGGUUUUCCUCAACCAGAGAAAUUAAUUCAAACAUUGGGCUCUCUAACACACAAGAAGGAAGCCAAGAGAUUGGAACCAAACGGCUUAGCACAAAUGGCACUGACAGUGGUGAAGAAUCAGAUGAACUUGGAUCAUACGUUAUCGAGAUUGACACCAAGAGAGGGGAGACUAUAGCUUAUCUUCCUGAAAGGGACAUUGGAAUAGAUGCUAGCAAUGCUCAUAAUCUGCUGAUUUCUUCAAUGAAAGAAACAAUGGAAAAUGCUAAAAACGAAUUUCUUCCAAAUAGGCCGAUUAAACAUGUGAAUGACGAUGUCAAAGGCAGUAAAUUGAGACUACAGAGUUUAUUACAGAAGGCAUAUAAUUUUGAUCCUUUAAGCGAAGCAGAAGCAAAAAUGCAAGCAUUGCAAACCAACAAAGGAAAGGGAAGGGGCAGGGAGUCCAGCAAGAUGCCAAUCAAACAACAUAUAACUGAAACAUCUGCAUGGCCAACUCCAACUCCAGCAGUGGAUCAAGAUGCCAAAGAAGAUCUAAUCAAAGAAAUUAAGACGGCAGUGCCAUGGGAUCCUUAUGCUAUUGAUCCUUCAACUAUGGUGAAGGAGGUUUCUAAUAGGAUAGAGAAAUGGCACCAUGAACAACCAGUGGUUUUCCGAGAAAUGCCACUAGCAUCAGACGACAAUGCAGAAAGCCGGAGAAAAAGAUUUGAGAAGGAGCGCCAUCUUCGAACUAAAGAGCGUGUGUCCAAAAUAUUGGUUGAGAAGAAGCACAAAGAAUUGGAAAUUGAAGAAGAACAAGAAGAGAAGACUAAAACUUCGGAUAAGUUGGAUGUUGAGAUAAAACGUUGGUCAGCAGGCAAGGAAGGCAACAUCCGUGCCUUACUUUCAACACUGCAAUAUGUGCUUUGGCCAGAAUGUGGAUGGAGGCCAGUUCCCCUUAUUGAGAUUAUUGAAGGAGCUGCUGUCAAGAAAGCCUAUCAGAAGGCAAGGCUGUGUGUGCAUCCCGACAAAUUGCAACAGAAGGGUGCAAGUUUACAACAAAAAUACAUUGCCGAAAAGGUCUUUAACAUUCUACAGGAAGCAUGGGCAAUCUUUAGUUCCCUGGAUCCUUUUUAGAGUCACCUGGAUGAUCAAGCAUAAAAGUUGGGACACAGUCAACUAUUUAAUGUGUGAAACAUGGAUUUUUCUAUCCUUCCAUGAACUUUGGAUCAUCUCUUUGGUGUUUUUGAAGCAGAAUGCUCUGUACAAUGUAAAGAUCUCACACAGCUUACUUUGUACAUUGCAUUUGUAUUUUGUCAUUUCAAAAGGAAACAAAUUCAAAUUGGUUUGAUUAUUUUGGAAGAUUUGUGUUUUAAUCUCUGUUAAUUCUAUGUAGAUACUAAUAUCCUAUAAUGUAUACCUCAGAUUUAGUUUGAAA